GGGACUGUCCUCACUGAAGAACCGUCGCUACUGCUGCUUUGCUUGGUGCAUGUCCAUUACUCAGCAGCAUCACAAACAUCCCUGGCCCGGUGCAAAUGGAAACGCUGCUGCUGAUCUCGCUGCUGUGCUCGGUGGCCGCUCACCCUGCUGUUUAUUUCAUUGAAAAGUUUGCGGACGGAGAUGCCUGGGAGAGCCGAUGGAUUGAAUCCAAACAUAAAUUAGACUAUGGUAAAUUCAAAUUGACAGCUGGAAAAUUUUUUGGGGAUCCAGAAGAAAACAAAGGUAUUCAGACUAGUCAGGAUGCUAAAUUUUAUGCCCGGUCUGCAAAAUUUGAACCAUUUAGCAAUGAGGGGAAAACCCUUAUUAUUCAGUUCACUGUGAAACAUGAGCAGAAGAUUGACUGCGGUGGAGGUUACAUUAAGCUCUUUCCAGCAGAUGUGGAUCAGGAAGACAUUCAUGGAGAAACUGAGUAUUAUAUCAUGUUUGGUCCUGAUAUCUGCGGAUAUACAACAAAGAAAGUGCAUGUAAUUUUCAACUAUAAAGGCAAAAACCACCUCAUCAAGAAAGAAAUUAAAUGUAAGGAUGAUGAGUUAACCCACCUCUAUACAUUAAUCCUCAAACCUGAUCAGACGUAUGAAGUUAAAAUUGACAAUGAAAAGGUGGAGUCAGGCACUUUGGAGGAUGACUGGGAUUUUCUGCCACCAAAGAAGAUCAAGGAUCCAGAAGCAAAGAAGCCAGAGGACUGGGAUGACAGAGAGACAAUUGAUGAUGAAGAUGAUAAAAAACCAGAGGAUUGGGAUAAACCAGAGAAUAUUCCUGAUCCUGAGGCACAGAAACCAGAAGACUGGGAUGAAGAAAUGGAUGGUGAGUGGGAGCCUCCAAUGAUCCCCAACCCAGAAUACAAGGGUGAAUGGAAACCAAAACAAUUAAAAAACCCGAACUACAAAGGCGACUGGGUUCAUCCAGAGAUUGACAACCCAGAAUACGCACCUGAUGCCAGCCUCUACAAAUUCCAGAAUAUUGGUGUAAUUGGCCUGGAUUUGUGGCAGGUGAAAUCAGGAACUAUUUUUGAUAAUUUUCUUAUUACUGAUGAUGAAAAAUAUGCAGAAGAGUUUGGAAAUGAGACCUGGCAAAAAACAAAGGAACCUGAGAAGAAAAUGAAGGAAAGUCAGGACGAAGAAGAAAGGAAACAUCAUGCAGAGGAAGAGAAAAAUGAAGAUGAUGAAGAGGAGGAUGAGGAGGAGGAGGAAGAAGAAGAGGACCAAAACAAAGAAGAGGAAGAGGAGGAGGAAAAUGAAACUGAAGACAAAACUCUGAAAAAAGAUGAAUUGUGAGAUCUGCAUAUUUCUGACCUUGACCAGUCACCACUGAUUUUUUUUUUCCCGACAAUUUAAUCCUUUCGUUGGUCUCAACAAAACGAAUUGAAAUGUCCUCUGCAGUCUGAGAGAUUCAUUAUUACAAUCUUUGAACUUUCAAAUAUUAUACUACAGAAUCAUCUCAUCAAGAUCUUUGAACAACUUUUGCACAAUCUCCUUGUGCUGUUGGUGUCUGGGAGAGUGAGCUCUCCGUUUUUGUUACAUUGUCGUGUUACACAUGGUGAAUGUAUCACUUUGAACUAAACAAGCUGUGGAUCCCUUGCUGUAGAUUUGGAACAUUAAGGGUGUAAAACUUUGCAAGGACCAAGGGUGACUGGUGUGUUUAAAAAUGACAACCUUUUAAACAAACAAGGUAUAGAUCUGUUGCACAAAAUGAUGUUGGAAUCAGUGUUAUAAAAAGAACAAUCAGUGCAAAUUCUAUUAAAAAAAACAUUUUUAUUGGAUUCAAUUAGAAGAGCUUUGCUUUUUAAUGAAUGAAGAACUGACGAAUAGGUUUGUCAUCAGAUUUGAACUGGAUUAAAAUCAAACUGCUGUCAGGACUUGACUGUAAAUAAUUGCAAGCUAAGUCCUUCAACCAAGAUCAUUAGAUUAUUUUGGUACAUUUUUAUAUUCAAAAAUGAGGUAUAAAUUUAAAUGAUUUUUUGGAAUCUGAAAGUAUUUCCAAAAGUUUGUUUUAAUAAAGUUAGAGGAGGCACAGUAGCAUAGCGGUUAGCGUAACACUGUUACAGUGCCAGCGACCCAGGUUCAAUUUCCGCCACUGUCUGUAAGGGGUUUGUACAUUCCCCUGUGGCCGUGUGGGUUUCCUCCUGGUCCCACAUUCUAAAGGCAGAUGGGAUACGGGGGGGUAAUUGGUCACAUGGGUGUACUGUGCUGUGUCUCUAAAUAUAUAAUAAACAUGGCAAAAAGGA